AUGCAACGAACACAACCACUUUCUACACGUCUGCGUCAAAUCGCUCUAAUUGCAGAAAACUUGGAUAAAACUACAGACCAACUUACCACAGUCCUUGGCGUAGAAGUCAUUUACUCUGACCCCACCGUUGAGCAAUGGGGGUUGAAGAAUGUGAUGCUCCCCAUAGGCGGUGAUAUGAUUGAGAUCGUUUCGCCUUUCGAGCCAAACACAACGGUUUCGAGGCUUCUUGCUAAACGAGGAGAUGGUGGAUAUAUGAUCAUCAUGCAAACCUCUGAUGCAGUGGCUCAGCGAUCGGUAAUCCCCGAGCUCGACUCGCAUGCAGUCACACCAGCCAACCCAUUUCCCCUUCACGAUCGAUUCUCACCCUGGCAUGCUCUUGGGCCAUCCUCGAACUACCCUGCAUACUCAGAGAAAAUGCGUAAGUAUUCAUAUCUGAGGUUUCUGUCUCUCGCAUGUCGUCUCGCUCCUGGCGAUGAAGACAUCGCCGGUGCAGAGGCCCAAUGGCAAGAAAGCUUUAGUAUCGGGAAGAGAAGAGAUGGUGGUUGUGAAUUUGUCAACGGAGUCAAGUUAAACCUUUUGCCUGGCCGAGAGGGUGUGAAAGACGGAUUGACUGAAGUAUUCUAG